AUGACACCAAUGAAGAAUCAUAACUUCCAUAACAGUUCUAGCACCAUCGCCACUAGGUCUUUUGUCUCCACCGACAAUUCACGCCGCGGAUUGAGACUCGAAGGCGAGGUGUUUUCCCCCCAUCGAGAGCGUAACACCGCCUGGACACCUGAGACCGACCUCCCACCUCGCUUGCCGCCAUUACUGCAUUCUAAUCGAAACGCUGCCCAAGGCUCCCUAGGAUGGCAUGGUGUUACACGAAAGCUGAAUCCCUCGUUCGGCUCAAAAGUCAAAGCCAUUGGGGCGGAGAAUGGCGUCUCUGAGGCUGCGUUUUAUCUGACUGGGCUUAGUGUGAUGAUCAGCCGCAUUUUGGAGAUCGAUGCCGAAUUCUGUAUUGCGGUAGAUGCUCCCAAGACGUGUGUGGUGCCGGUAAGGUUGCAUCCAGGCCUGAUUCAGAGUGUUCAAUGUGCCCUGAAGGAUACGGAAAAGUGGUUGAACAGAGCCUUGAAUCAUCGUACCAGUGGCCAGUCUCGAGAAAACGAGGGCUCGUUCUCGACGAUUACAUUCCACCACAGAAUUGGUGGCGCAUCCCAGGAGAUUGUCGAGGCUGUGCCUUCCGGCAAAGACACGAAUCAAGGGAGCGUUGAAAUAAAUGUGAGCAUAAGAGAGUGCUCUCUGGGUGGGUCGGCAACAGUUACCUUUCAUGUUACCAAGUCGCUUUAUUCUCAGCAUGAUGCUGAGCUCUUGACCGACUGCUUUAUACAUGUUCUUCACGGCAUGGAAAUCAAUAUAACAUCGCCAUUAAUUGAAUGUGCUCUAUACGACCAAAGAGAGGUCUGGGGACAUCUAGAAGUAGGCCGAGGUCAACGAAUCAACCAUGCAUGGCCACCGACACUCGUUCACAAAAUCGACCAAAUCGUUGCAUCCCAGCCGGAUGCGAUUGCAAUUGAAGACGACGCAGGAAAUGCAUGGACCUACCUCCAGCUUUCCAACCGAGUGCAAUUAUUAGCACGAACCUUCUUGGACGUCGGUGUUACGGCUGGCUCGACAGUUGCCGUCUUCUGUGAACCCGGUUUCGAUAGCAUCUAUGCACUGCUAGCAAUUACGCGCAUCGCUGCUAUCUAUGUUCCGCUGGACUUGAACCACCCAAUGGAACGGCUCGCUCUGAUUGUGGAUGACAGCAAGCCCCACACUAUCAUCACCCAUGCAUCAACUCAUGAGAAGGUCAAUGCGCUUCAACACUCUGCCAACGUGAUAGACGUUACCAGUCUACCCAGUACAUCAGAGCCAGUCCCAAUCACAUGUUCUUCGUCGGACGCCGCAUUCGUCCUUUACACAAGUGGUUCAACUGGUCGUCCGAAGGGGGUGCUCUUGAGCCAUGGAAACUUCCUGGGCCAGAUCGCCUCCGUCCAAGGCGAAUACGACCUAAACAGGGAGCGUGUUCUGCAGCAAAGUUCUCUCGGAUUUGACGUGUCGCUGCAUCAAACUUUCGUGGCUCUUACGACGGGAGGAGCCUUGGUUAUAGCGACAAAUGCUAUUCGCCGUGAACCAAGUCAACUGGCUGAGCUUAUGAGAGCGACAAGAGUGACUUUUACAUUGGGUGUGCCUUCCGAAUAUGCCAUUCUUCUGCGGUAUGGAGAGUGUCAUUUACAGCAAUGUCCGGAUUGGCGAUAUGCUGUAUGUGGAGGCGAGCGAAUGACGGUCUCGCUUAAACGCGCUUUUCGGAAACUGGGGAAGACAGGACCAACACUCUUGAGUUGCUACGGUCCUACAGAAGUCUCGCUGGCUUCAUCAUAUGGUGUUCUUUCAUAUACCGACCCCGCGGCUGGAUCCGAAGACGAGAAUAGCCCCGUGGGAUUUACUCUGCCAAAUUACGCGGUCUACAUUCUGGACAAGGAACGGAAUCCCGUCCCAACCGGCUUUCCAGGAGAGGUAUACGUUUCCGGCGUCGGCGUCGCAAUGGAAUACUUGAACGACGAGGCCCGCACGAAGGAGCGAUUUCUGCCCGAUCCCUUCGAUCACGAGGGAAAGAGCCAGAUGUACCGCACUGGGGAUCGAGGACGUCUUCUACCUGAUGGAUCACUUGCUUUCCUGGGUCGUAUGGAGGGUGACUUUCAGAUUAAGCUCCGCGGAAUACGGAUUGAACCGGAUGAGAUUGCAAGUACCAUCGUUGCUGCAUCGAAAGGGGUGCUCCGUCAAGUGGCUGUCGUGCUUCGUGGCACCGAGAAUAAAUACCUCCUUGCGUUUGUCGUAUUCGCAAAAACAUGGCUUGGAAAUCGAGAGCGUUAUCUAGCGGGUCUUCUGGAAAGACUGCCGUUUGCGCCGUCAAUGAGACCCGCUAACCUCAUCCCAUUGGAUAGACUUCCUACCAAUGUCAAUGGCAAACUGGAUCGGCGAGCGCUAGAUGUCUUGGUAAUCCCGAGUACUCAGGUGAACAGUAGCCGGUCCUUGAAACAGAGUUGCAAUGAUAUCGAAACUAGACUGAGCAGGGUGUGGAAGACAGUCCUGGCCGAGUCUAACGGCACAGACACAUUCGAGAUUGGAGCGGACUCGGAUUUCUUCCAGGUCGGUGGGAACUCGCUUCUUCUUGUGAGGCUACAGGCUGCUAUGGCCCAGGCCUUCGAUGUUACAAUUCCCAUCAGAGAGUUGUUCCAAAUCAGUGUACUACGACACAUGAGUGCGCGUCUCACUUCGAGGCAAGCCGAAACGAAGGAAAUAGAUUGGAAUGAAGAGGUCCGAAUGCAUCUACAGCAUUUGAACGACCCUCUUCCAUGUCUAUCCAAUAACUACCUGUCGCAGCAAGGAUCACAAGUUCUCCUCACGGGCGCAACUGGGUUCCUGGGAAAAUACAUCCUGAGUAUCUUAGUCGACGACCCCAAAGUCCAUACUAUCCACUGCGUUGCAGUCCGUCAACAUAAUAUUUCAUCAAAGGGGAGCCUGUUCGGAAUAUCGUCCCCGAAGAUCCAGGUCUGGCCAGGUGACCUCUCCAAGCCCUACCUAGGACUCAUGGCUUCCACAUUCACCCGUCUGGCUCAAUCAAUCGAUCUGAUCAUCCACAACGGAGCGGACGUUUCUUUCCUCAAGACCUAUCAUAGUCUCCGUUCGCCAAAUGUCCAAUCAACCGUUGAGUUAGGAAGAAUGGCCCUAGCCAAGGGUAUCCCUCUGCAUUUUAUCUCAUCUGGCGGAGUCCUGCGUCUUGUCUCUCCUAGCUCAUGCUCUACUCCAGGAUCUGAGGAUAGUGAUCGCUCUGGCUAUUAUUCUAGCUCAGAAAGCAGCAUUGAGGGCUUUGCUGACAGCUCAAUCUACGAUCCACCGACCGACGGCUCGGACGGCUACAUUGCAAGUAAAUGGGUCAGCGAGCAAAUCCUGACGCAAGGACGCUCAUUCGGUCUGCGAUACCAUAUUCACCGACCCAAAACGAUGGUUGGUGAGGGGGUGCCAAGUACAGACCUUCUGGAUAAUGUCCUGCGAUUCUCUCGCCUUUUGAAAGCUGUCCCACAGUUCGAUAGCUUAGACGGAAUUAUCGACAUGAUUUCUGUCAAGGAUGUCGCUAGAGAUGUUAUAGUUUCCGCUCGAGAGGAAGUAGCCAGUGGAAUCACGCACUAUUCUGGGACGCAGGUGUCUAUUUCCGACCUGGCUGGAUACAUAUCCGAGACCGCGGAGCCGUUGAAGUCGCUGGAAAUGAGUGAAUGGGUCCACCAAGCUACCACUGUCGGUCUUAACUCUCAGGUCGCAUCGAUCUUGCUCACGGAGGAGGGCCGAAAGGGUCAUGGGUUGAUCAUCCCACAGCCAUGA